CAAGUAACGUAACCCAAACACUCACUCGGCCGAUUUUUAUAUACUUUUAUUUCGCACAAGACUGUUUUUCUCUUGAAUUUGAACAGGCAAUGCUUGCUAGCGGCGUACUAUUUGCCUGAUCCUAGUUUGGACUUUUUGAACGGAGAAUAGUAGACGAAAGAUCCAAAUCAAUGUGCGCUUUGCUGCGGAUGAGAAGAUCGCACAAAACUGUUUUUCGAGAGCUUCAAACGAGCGUGUCUGUAAAAUAUAUUUCUUCGCUCGUCUUAUAUGUAUCGGUGGUGAAAGGGGAACGAGUGAGUAAAAAUGGCCCCAUAGUACAUAGCUUUGAACUUGUUUGCGACAUAAGUAAAUUUCCCGGGAUCGAUAAUACAUCGUGGCUGAGUCAAACUCGCCCUGAAUUAUAUCGUCAAUAAUCAAUGUUCUUGGAUUAUUACCGAGAGGACAACCUUGUUUGUAUGUCCGGCUUUUCUUAUUCAUUUGCUCCACUUUACAAUUCCUCAUCGGGUGCGCCCUAAAUGAAACCGUAGUUAGCAGCACCUUGAAAUCAUUGAGCUGUGACGUCAUAACUAUUUGUUUCCGCGCUAAAACGUAUCGACAAAAGGCAGCAAAACUACUAGCGUUUCACGCUCAAUCGGAUAGCGCAGCAAGAGAUCAGUGCCCAAGGAAAAUUUGCCGUAUUCACAGAACUUCCCCUUGUGGUCGCCAUGCACAAGGAAUCUACAAAGUACCUCCGUUUUUUCUUCAGACUUAUCACUCUUCAAAGACGGCGGAUUGUUUAUAUAUCUAUACUCAUUAUUUUAACAUUUAGCGGAAUUUAUCUUACAAUGCUUAAACAUACUGGUUCGGAACCCUCCAUUGGUGAACGAAGUGUUCAGUUUGUUUGGUCAGAUGAGAAAAUACGCUCAAAGACCUCUAGGGAGAAAGCUAUAAUCGAAAGCUUUUCUACAACGCUGAUGAAUAAAAACGGAACUCGAUCGGCGUGCAAGCUUCCAAAACUAGACCCCUUUCACGAAAGUGUUAUGCCAUUCAUGAAGGACUUGGGACAUUUGGAAUGCGGCGAUCCGUAUUCUAAGUUCGAGAAUAAUGUUCUUACUGUUCAGGGAGACAAUAUCGUAGCAGUUCAGUACAAGAUUAUUAAACGUCCUGAUCGGAGUGAUUUCUCUGUGUCACUAUCUGAGGCCGUGAACGUGCCGAAUAUCGUAAAUGCAACGAAUGAAGACAAUUCCACCGCAGAUAUAAAGCAAGGUAACCAUGGUUGCGUGAUGCACCUUGCAAGCAGGACGUGUCUUCAUCCUUAUGGCGGUCUCACCCACCCCUCCCCUGGUACUAAAGUAGUCUUCCAUCAAGACUGCUGCAAGAGCCGCAUUCUCUUCAGCAUGCAGGCCAACGGUACCAUCAAGCACCUGCCCAGCGGUCUCUGUCUCCAUGGCGACGUCAAGAACCACGGCCGGAAUAUAGUGCUACAUCCUAUCUGCUCUACGGUGUUUAUGAUGGUGAAUGGGUCGUUGGCAAUCGCUGGUAGCCGGGGGAUGUGUCUUCAGCCCGAGCGCGAGGUACUGGCGCCAGAUAAUGACGAGUUGCUCAUUAGUGGGCGGGACUGCAGUGCUACUUACGCCUUUAGCACAUUCCAAGGAUCUUCAUUUCUCGGGCGUGUCAAGAUCGAGCAUGACUUCGUCUUGGUAAAUGUUAUCCAUGGCGGGUCCAGUGAGACCUCAGAGGUGCACAUGAACGCCUCGCCGAGGCCAGGGGUGCUGAAGCGAGUAGUGAAGCCUGCGGGUUUACCCUUCAACGUCGUCAUGAUCAUGUUCGACUCGACCUCAGCGGCGAACUUCUUGCGCAAGAUGCCCAGGACGCUUGAAUAUCUGCAGGAGCUACCGACCGUGUUCUUAAAAGGUCACACUAUUGUAGGCGAUGGCACUACCGCCCAACUGUGCGCAAUGCUUACCGGGAUAGACGAGCGUUACCAACCGGAAGCCCGACGCCGAAUGCCCGGCGCUAAACACGUCGACGACUGGCGGUGGAUCUUCCGAGACUACGCCGAGCGUGGAUACGUCACGAUGUUCUCUGAAGACUCCCCGGGGCUCGGUACGUUUAAUUAUCGAUUGAAAGGCUUCAGACAUCCACCGACGGAUCACUACGGGCGGUAUUUUUGGCUCGAGGCAAAUAAGUACGAGAAGAAUGAUUACUGCACGGGCAACAAAGCGACCCAUAAGCUCACCAUGGAUUACCUUUAUAGCCUUUUUAAUGCGUACCCCAAAAAUCCCAAAUUCGCUUUUCUUCUCUUCUCCGCACUCGUUCACGAUAAUCUUAAUACACUUGGUUAUGGGGACGAGGAUACUUAUUUCCUCCUCAAGAGAAUGGAGAAAGAUUUCUUCCUUGAUGAAACUAUAGUUAUAAUCUUUGGCGAUCACGGACAUCGAUUUGGGCCGUUUAGGAAAACUUUGCAAGGCAAACUCGAAGAGCGUCUACCACAUAUGUCUAUAACGUUUCCCAAGUCAUUCCCUUUGAAGUAUCCACAUUUAUACGAGAACAUUAAAAGGAACUCUAACUAUUUGACCACGCCGUUUGAUAUGUACGCUACGCUGCAACAUAUCCUCACUUACCCGUUCCCGCCCGCGGGAAUCAAAACGGGACAAAGCUUGUUCCAGCCAAUUGAGCCGCUGAACAGGACUUGUAAGAGCGCGGGUGUGGAAGAUCACUGGUGCACGUGUUUGGACUUUGAAAAAGUUUCCACAAAAAGCGAGCUUGUCAAAUCUAUUGCCAAGUUCGCGGUCGAACACAUUAAUAAGUUACUUGAUUUCGACGCUAGGGUGAAGAGACUUUGUCGAAAGCUAACGCUAGGUGAAAUAAAAGUGGCUUUACGAGAGAUGCCAAAUGAAAAACUACAGAAAUUUAAAAUGAGUUAUCAAGACCACCAUUGUGACUCUUGUGGGGCCAUGUUCGGUGAGAAAGCCAAAGAUACCAUGUACAGAGAUGCACUUUAUCAAAUCCACUUCGUGACUUUUCCGAAUAAUGGCUUUUACGAAGCGAGCGUGAAACUGGAAGAAGGGAUGCCUCUGAAGGUUGUUGGAGAUAUUAGCAGGGUAGACCGGUUUGGGACUCAACCGGAUUGUAUAAAAGACGCGUAUGUCCAUCUGAUAAAGUAUUGUUAUUGUAAAUGACGACGAACAACUUAUAGCGGUCAAAUUUCUAGCAUCUAAAUCCAAUAUCACUCGUUGAAUUACAAUGCGUAUAUUAUAGUGUGUUCUAAUUUGCAAAUAAUUCUAUAACUAUUUUGACUAAGAUUAAGGUGGUUGAUUUUCUCCAAUACAAGCCCUGGCUGAAAAAUCAGGCUAAGAUAGAACCUCUACCCCAGCGUUUUUUUGGAAAUAUUCAACAUGACGUCGAACUGACGACAUUAAAACCUGGGCAAAAUCUUAGUAAAUUCAUGCAAGUUUACGUGGAAGUUCUCGACAUACAUAGCUUCAGGCCUACAGAAAAGUGCAAAAUGAUGAAAGUUAGAAAAACGACAGUUUUCCAAAACUAGAUAGAUUGAUGGAAGAUACCGCAACCCUACUCCUACUCACUAGUCCUGGUUUAAGCGGUUAGAAUAUAGUAUUUUCCAGAUUUUCCAAAUCCUCAGAUGUGGAAGAGGAUUUGUACACUACGUUUCUGUUACUCUAAAACUUGUUGUUGUAUUGUACACAGUCGUAUGCAUUACAUGACCUCUCUCUCUUAGCAUUCACCAAUUAAAAAUGCGCAAACCAAA